CAACAACCAGAAGACAGGUAUUUUAUUUUGAAAGUCUGGCGCUGGGAACGUCACUGAUCGUUUAGAGUCAUUUGAUCCAUGAGCGCGUGAGCGGCGGAGAAAGAAGAGGGAGGCUGAGUCCGCGUGGGGAGGAAGAGGAGGAGGAGGAUAAACCCUGCACACUGAGGCACGCGACGGACCGAGAAGAAAGGGUUGGACGUGGGAUCGUCCGCGCGCCACUCCGUGGAUUGUUCCCGCGUGGAGGAAAUCUGCCGCUCCGCRUUUUCCUGCUUCAACAGCGGAAACAGUUUGGAUGUGAUUAACUGCUUCUGACGGGACUCUGCGCGCGCGCAGCGGGGCGCGUGCGUGCUCAGGUGUGUGCGUGCGCGUCCGCAGGUAACUCAUUAACGCCUCCCUUUGUGUUUACAUGGAGGAGCGCGUGAACGGAACAGGAAGAAAGCGCGAGCGUCUCGGUGUUUGUUGAGCGCGCGCACGCCGCCGCACGCGCGGGUCGAUGAGGAUGGAUUUGUGGGAUUUCCGACUUUAACCGGAUGGAUGUUCGAGCUGGAAGAUCAGGAAGUUCGGUUCGGAAGGAGGAUCCGGGUCCAUGAUGGARAACUUCAGGUAGAUGCCAGAACAGCUCACAAGAUGAACCCCCUAGCAGCCCUCAGCAUUGACCGAAACGCUCUGGUGGGGGAAAGUAUCCGCCCCCAUGCAGGGCUCAUCUACCCGGGCAUCCAUCCCCUUUCUGCACAGAAGCCCCAGGAUCCUGGCGCCUCCCUGCGACUUGGUUAUGACCUCCUGUAUAAGCCUGCUGUACCACUUCUGGACACCCAGAAGUCUGUCAAUGGAUGUGCUGAACUGUAUAAAAGCUCAGCUCCAGGGCUGCAGAAGCCUCUGCUUGUCUCUGCUGCAGAAGGUAACGGCCUGGGGUUGAAUCCUCGGGCUCUGCCUGUUGAGAAGCAGUCAGAGCGAAGUCUGAACGGUGCUGGUAACUUUCUCAGGUUGCCUUGGAUUAGCCCAUACAUGGAUGCUUCAAUGUACCCCUUUCUGGACAUGGCRUACAAGACGUCCAUCUUGUCUGCAUCGCCCUUCACCCAGCAGCAGCUGGCGUAUCAGUCRUUAUGUGCAACUGGAACUAACACACCUGGAGAUGAAAGACUUUUCUUCAUAUCUCCCUACUCUCCUGCUCAUAUUGCCUCCUCACUGGUUCCUCCCAUCAGGAUGUCCUCAGUCAACCUCACCCGGCCCGUCCUCUCACCCCUGCCCCACAGCCAGGACAAGACCUUGCAAGGCUUUGGACCACAGUUGCCUCAGGAGCUUUCUGCUUUCAGCACCGGUUCUCAGACUCGCCAGGAGCCCCAGAUGCAGAUGGAGCAUUCUGAGUGUCAACGUGAAGUAAAGCCGAGUCUGUCCGGCUCUACCAAGAGCACYGUCAGCAGUGGCGCUCACGUUAACUCACCUCCAGUGUCCCAACCGCCCACCUCAGUUCCUCAGUCCACUGCAGACCCUCAGAAGCAUCUUUACAAGAAGGCCACCUCACCCUCACUUCCUGCUUCACAUCCCUUCUACCUGGCCUCCCAACGCAGCCGCUCCAUCAACUCAGGCAGCAGCAAUACCAAAGACUCCAACUGUAACGCUGAAACUCACUCAACCCGUGCAAAAACGUCACCAGGCACCGCCGUACCUCAGAAAGCUACCAAAAACCUGGAAGGAAAAGCAAAUUCUGCUGAAGAGUUGGAAGAAUUCCCAAAUGGAUUCCCGUCCAAAGCGGCAGCUGUGACCAGUUUGGCAUAUUUACAACCAUCUCACUACAGGGUGGGAGCCAAUCAGAAGCAAGACCUUAAAGAGGGACGACCUCCACCCUUCAGCUCUUUGACCAAGACCUCAGAUCAUGAAAUGACCUCUGGGGUCAUCACUGACCGUAACAUUUGCUCCCAGACUACAAGCAGUGCAGUGGACACUACUCAGAAUCAGCAGGAAUCUCCAGUUCCAACUGAAUCUGCGGGACAGGUAACCAGUAUUCCCAGUACGGCCUCUGCUGGACAGUAUCCUGCCUCCAAAUCAAAACCUGAGUGGCCCAAAGUUUCUAUUGCUGAUUCUGUAAAAGGCAACAAAGGGGAAACCUGCUCUAGAAAACAGAGUAAAAAUCCUUCAAAGCCCGACUCUAAAGAGAGCCAACUGGAUCCGUCACAGUACCAACAGUUCAACUCGGAAAACAAAAACUCCUCCAGCCAAAUUUAUAGAGACUCUUACCUACCUCAUAGUUUAGGUUAUGCUAACCGCUACGUCCCAUACUCUGUCGCUGAGACUCUGUCAAUGCAGCGAAUGCCAACUAAGGGCCAUGUGUUCCCCCAUCCACUUUUGCUUGGCAACAGCAACUUUUACCAGUCACAUGGCCUCCCGUAUGGAAUAUUACCUUACCAGAGCUCAGAUAAGAUGGCCUCCAUGUCUAACUGUUCAGGUCUCGAAAACAAAGAUCCAAAUCAUAAUUUGUCUAAAAUCCAUAGUAAAAUCAGAGAUGAAGAACAAUUCAUGAAUCAGAAAAGGCAGGAUGGUAACCGUGGUCACAAGAAUGACGAUGAGUCUGAGAAAACCAUGAAACCAGCUUUAAAAGCGGCUCCAGACAAACCCCCGUCUGCUGCCAGGGACGAUGUAGUUUGCAUUGACUUGAUACGUGAGGAGGAAAAUGACAACAACUGCAACCCUCUGAUGGACGUUCCCCACAAACAGGGAACUGGUGGAGGGAACCAGUUCAAAGGCAAGAAGUCCUGGCUUCCAGAAGGAAGUCCUUGGAUCCAGAAUGCAGAGCAGAGUCUGAACUCGCUACCCCAGACUCCAUCCAGCUCUACCGCUUCACUGCUGCCUUGUAGUAGCCAAGGACUCUCAGAAGAGGAGAAACCAGAAAGUCCAUUUCCAGACAUCCCAGAAGAACUGACAAUGCAGUGUGCCCGAACGUCCCCAUGGCAGUUCUCCAGAGACUCUAAAGCGUCUGGUGGCGAUGCCCCAGUGACACCAGGAGUUGUUUCAACAGAAGGAAACCCUGAAUCUUCAAGUAAAUGUGAUGGCCCUCAACAAGGCCCUCCAGAAAAUCCAAUCUCAUUGGUUCCCAAUGGUGGUGAAGGUUGUUCUGGUGAAUCACAACGUACAAUCAUCAGCCCAAAGACUCCAGCUUUUGUUGGUGGUGAUCUGUCAGAAAGUCCAAGUUCCACCAGUAUAGGACUGGUUUCUAAUGAUUCCAGUUCUCAGGUCCCAUCGUGGAGUGUGUUAAAUCCCAGAUUCCCAACUGAAAAUGUCACAAACUCUCGGCUUUUACUGUAUCCGAGCAUCAACCCCAAAGAACCAACAUGUAUCACAGACAGAAGUCCAAAUGUUGGGGGAUCAAGUGGCACUAAUGUCGGUUUGAAGGUAUCAGUGAAUGAACCCAGAAUUUUCAGUUGUUCUCCUGGUGAAAAUAGAAACUCUGUGGUUUCAAGCUGUGGAAACAGCAUUGACUCAUUUCAUAACGGUGAAAACCACAACGCUACAUGGCCCAGUUUCAGCUUGAGGGCUCCGGCUUAUGGAAAAACCAGCCCAACCUGUGGGAACGCCGCCUUAGAUGGCCUCAUGUUGUUMCCAAACAGUAACCACWGGCUCUCCUCAUCUGGAAGUUUCACUGAAGGCUCUUCUGGUCCAAAUCUUUUCACUGCCGAUGGAGUUCACAGUAACCCGACCCCACAGGUUGACAAAGACCUUCUCACCAAGACCAGCUGUGGAAGCAAAGGGAAGAAUUUGCAGGACAAUGCAACUCUCCUAGAAGAUGAACCUAAAGACUCUGACAGCUGCAGAAACAGGCAGUCAAGCUUCAGCAAGAAGAUGACAAACUCCCCUGGCUGUGUGGGCGGCCAUCUUAAAGACAUGACCUCUGACCUCCUCUCUGAUGUCAACGAGAAAAGUGCUUUACAGGUUCAUUAA